CUUGGCAAGAAUUAUUUUAUUGCUACACAAACACCUCUGAAGGAGACGAUUAACGACUUUUGGAGGAUGGUGACCAAAUAUUGUUCGUCAACAAUCGUCAUGUUGAAUCAGUUGGGUGAAGACGAGGAAUACCCAAUGUUUUGGCCAACCCAGAGAGCUAAACCACAGUCAUUUGGAACCACCACAGUAAUGUUGGAUUCUUUCGUCAAAAAAGAAAAUAUUGUUGUUAGAAAAUUCAUCGUUUCACCAUCAGCGGAUUUGAAAAAUGGUCACAUGUUAAGAUUGGUUCAGUACAUGACGUGGCCAGACCAUGGAGUACCAGAAAAUGUUAACGAUAUUGUGAAACUUUUGUCUGAAGUUGAAGACGCGAAAAGAGCGGCGGAAAAGAAGGGACCAAUCAUUGUUGUUUGCAGCGAUGGUGCUGGAAGAAGUGGAACGUACAUUGCAAUUUCUAAUCUUGUGGACAGAGUGAAAGUUGUUCAAGUCAUUGACGUCUUUCAGUGCAUCAAAUUGAUCCGUGCAAAGCGUCCACAGUUCGUUGAGACCGCGGCUCAAUUCAAGCUCUGUUAUGAAGCCGUUUCAGCUGUUUUGAAUUCCUUUAAUGAAUAUUCAAACUUUAGCGAUACUUAACACAGCAAAAUCAGCACUUCGGAAUCAGCUAGUUAAAUACUUAGGUAUAUAACCGCUUAGUUUUAAUUUAAUCAUCAUGGGAAUUAGGAAAAGACCAAGGACAUUCAGUUCAUAAGAUAUUAUUAAAAUAAUGAAAAUAGAAACCUCCAUAUAUUUUGAAGAUCAGGCUAAAAUAUAUCGCCUGAUGAAUUUAUGUAUACCAUCUGACGAGUCAGUUGAAUAAUAUUAACAUUUGGGGAUUUUUUCCACCGUAUGACAGCGAGAUCGUAGCGUACAUUAUUGUUCCUGGGCACUCAG